UAGUAGUGUCCUGAAGUGCACUUUCUAAAAACAGCAACCAAUUGUUUUUUUAGUGUGCAACGAUAUAAAAAUGGAUAUGAAAUAAUAAAAAAUGUCAUUAUUAAUUCGAAAAAAGAUUCUUAAUGCCUCUAGAAAGUUGACACAACGCAAUGUAGAUGAUGUCAAGUACUUGUUAAAGGAUGACAUUGGUGAGGGUGUGUUGGAGAAUAUAAAGAAUGCUACAGAGCUUUUAGAAGCUCUUGAAAAACACGGAUAUUACAGCCCGCGUGAUUUAAAGGGUUUAUUGGAGUUAUUGGAGAGUAUAGGUAGAAAUGACAUUGUUGUUGACUUAAAUGGUGAGAGGAAUGAUAAACUUGAAAAGGGUCCGGACGCUCUCAAAAAAACUCUCAAAGAACACAAAACUGCUGGUGGGUAUGUUUCAAUUGUGGUGAUUGAUAUCAUUGCUAAUAGAAUUGCUGGAGAUUGGAAACGUGUAGCCCGAUUUUGUGAUACAGAAGAAUCAACUAUUGAUCAGAUUGAUUUAGAUUGUCGCACCAUAUAUGAAAAAGCUACAAAAAGUUUACACACUUACUUUAAACAACACCAACGUGAAGUGACAUGGUUAGAGCUAAAAGAAAUCCUCAAAAAAUUACCCAGAAACGAUAUCAUUAGAGAAGUCGAGAAAAAAUGUCCAGAGAUUAUCAUGACAAAACAAACCAGCCCUGAACCACAAGAAGAAUCUCUAUCUGUAAACCUUCCACCAGAACAACCAGUUGGUACUAACCCGCAACAAAAUUAUUUUCAAGACGGUCAGACUGAGAAAGAAAAGGAGCAUCUGGAUCCAAUAGCAUAUGCAGUUUCAGGAUCAAAUUUUGAACCAGCAUUGGUAAAACAAUUGGAAAAUACAAAAGUAUGAAAGACAGAAUGUUUAACGAAUAUAGCAAAAUGUACGUCAACCGAAAUAAUUAAACUACACUGCUACUUAUUUUUCAGUACAAAACCAAAAAUUCGCGAAACAAUUAUUUUGUUGUGAAUAACGAUAUAAUAUAAUCGUCUUCUUUUUUUAAGUAAUCAAUUUUGUAAUUAAUACCUUCGUGCUUCAAAAUUAGUUUGCGUUCGUGUGUGAAUGAUUUUUAUUCUUAAACAAUAUUUUCGGACAAAGUGAAAUCAUGUUUUAAGUUUUAAAUUCCACUGUGCGUCUUUUUACGUAGAAACAUCUUUUUAUUUUAUCUUAUCUCAUCAGAAAGUUUUUUCUGUUAUCUUGAUUAUUUUUAUCACUUUGUCAUUUUUAUCUUAUAAAUACGCUUUAUACGCUUUCUGUGCUAUAGAAAUUUUUUGUGACAAAGCGCUUUUUUUACACUAUGUUUCGUUUGCUUGCCAUAAUCUUCGUGUUCUUCUUUUCCCCUCCUCCGCAUAUUCUAUUUGACUUCAUUAUCGAAUGGACAGGGCUUGUCUCAUUAAGGAGGAGGAGGACGGGUACAUGUUUUUAGGUGAUAGUGAUGGUGGUUGUGGGAGGGGUGGAAAGGACUUUAUUCAGAGGUCUGCAAUAACUGGCUGAACUUUGUGCCGUUGUUUUCUUUAUCAUAGUUUAAAAAAGUGGUAAUUAUUUUUUUUUUGUUGCUCCUGAUUAUAAUCGACAUGGCUUGAAAUAAUAAUCCAGCAUGUCA